AUGUCUUCUACUUCACCAAAUUCGUCAUUAGAUAAUGAUUUGAUUCAAAGAGCAAAAUUUUAUUCCAUUAUAAUUGAGCAGGUUUAUGCAGGUAAAAAUAAAGAGAUCAACGAAUCCCAAUUACUUGGCGAACUUUUGAAAUUAUUAUCCGAAAUCCCACAAGAUGUACAUCUGUUUUGUAACCCAACUAUCAAUCCAAUUUCGAUAUUUUGUCUAACCAUAUUUUCUUUUAAUGAACAAGAUACUAUUAACUGGAUUCAAAAUAAAUUUAAUCCUAUCUUAAGUCAAUGUGAUAAGUGUAUUUUGAAUUUUAGUCGUGGUAAAUGUAAUAUGUUACAACAUUUUGCUAUUCAAAGAAAUGUACCGCAUGAACAUGUAUCUAAGUUUAAUGAUAUAGUUUGUCAGUGGAGAAUUAACAGUUUAUUUCCAGUAUUGAAAGAUAUUCGUAUUAUUGAUGAAAAAACUGUUGAUUUUAAUAAGACUUUAGAAAUGGCAAUAUAUGAAAUUAUUUGUAACCCUCAUAUGUUAAGGCUAAACAAAAAUUUUAAAAAUUAUUUUGAUGUCAUAUUUAAAUAUUUGUUCAAUAGUAAAAACGAAUUUUUGAACUUUAGUAACCCAGAGAAAGGUCUUACCACUUUUGUACCCGGUAUAAUUUACUGUUGGUGUGAGGGGACACAAGAACAGAUUAAUUGGUCCAGAGAUUUUUUAAAAAAAUUACACGAACAAAACACUAUAAUUGAUCCAAAAAGUUUGACUGCUGACAUUCUACAAGAAGUUUAUUUCCAUCUAUUGUUUAUAGAAAAUCCGGCUAAUUGGGAUACUGUAAUAAUAACACAAUUUUGGAUGAGAUUUUAUCCCAUAUUUAAGUUAUUUAAUAAAGAAGUCUUUUUGGAAUAUUUUUUGGUACCCAAAAAUAUCGAAUCCCUAAAACAAAAUAUUAGAUAUCCAAUUGAAUCAAUAUUCAUUCUUUGGUAUAACCAUUUGGUCCAUCAAUAUAACAAUAAACCUUUAGAUUAUUUAUUAAGAAUAUUAAAAAUGUUUCUUGAGAAACUGGGUUCUGAAUUUUGGAAUAAAAUUGAACCAUAUUCUUUUCAUAGUAUUUUGGACAACAUAUUUGACAAAAACAUAUUUGCUCUGCAAUUGUUGAAAAUUCAAAAUGUUCCAAUUUCAACAGAUGAAAUAGACCAACUUUUCAGACUUGGCUCAGUAUCAGAUCUUCUGUCCUGGACUCUUCCGUUUUAUCAAUCUUUGUCAGAAUCCAAACGUAUUCAAAUGGUUAAAAAAGUAUCUAUAGCCUUCUUAAGGCUCAUUGCUAAUAAUUCUAGUCUACAACCACUCCCGAAAGCUUGUCUGAUGAAUUCUUCUACUGCUUUAUUAAGUGCUGUUUUAACAAUUACUGAAGAGGAAUAUUCACAACUUUAUAAUAACGAAGAUUUUCAAACAAUUUUAUUCACAAAAACGGACUCCAGAAACUUGUUAAACAAUCCUCUAAUACAAAAUAUUGUCAUUGCUUCAGCCACUGAUCCUAAUGGGUUUUAUCCUGGAUUAGGUAAAUCUGCAAUAUCAGUAUCAGAAGGGUCAAUGUCCAUUAUCACUAAAUGCAUAGAUUAUGAUAUUUUGUUGCUGUGUCAAAGAACGUAUAAACUGUAUCUAGGCAAAAGUAUUAGCGAAUUACCAAUGCCUCUGACGUUGUUAGAAAACAUCACAUCAAAGAUUGAUUUACGUUCAUUUGAGAAUGGUCCCUUAUUGGCAAAAGAACUUUUAAUCUCAUUGAGAAAUAUCAAUGGUCUAUUGUUAGUUCCGGCAGAAUUACCUGCUGUUCAAAAACACAAUUCAACUGUGGCUAGUUAUAUUGCAUUUGCUACCAAAUUGGUCGAGAAAUUUACUGAUAUUUUACCAAAACAGUUAUCUCUAAUUUUGACCGAAAAAGAACCUUCUCUUGGGUUUUGGUCAUGUAUCUUUUCCUCUAAUACACAGUUAUAUCAAGCAGCAACAAAUAUUUUGUAUGACACCUUUGAUGUCGAGGGUAGAUUGGAAGGUAUUCAAUCCAUAAUGAAUCGUUCUCUAACUAACCAAUUAAAUGCAAUCAAUUGUGUGCUCAAACAGUUAAUCAAAUGUGAAUUUUAUGAGCCAUGUCCAAGAGCUGUUAGAGUACUAAUGGAUAUUAUUAGUUCAUUCGCAGACCCUAUUGGAGGCAUUUUAGCUAAUUAUUCUACUUUAAAAACUGAAGAAUCAGGAAAAGCUCUUAUUCAGUUUUGGGAGUAUUGUUGGAGAUUUAUGGAUACAAUAUAUCGUUGUACACUUACUUGGGCAUCAAAAUAUGAAUAUUCAGAAUUAGAGAAUUUUACCAAAGACACUUUAGAGUUAAGUAGAUCAUUAAUAUCUUUAUACAGAGAAAUAUCCGAUAUCCUUGGAGAAAAUAAUGUUGAACUUUUCGAUUGUAUUUUAAAAACUUUUGAUAAUAUGCUAUAUUGGUUAAGAUUAAGUGAUGAGGAAUUACUUGAUUCUUGUGUUAAAUUAAUUAUGGCUACUGCGGAUCUAGCCCAGGAAAAGAAUAUCAAUUUUGAUGAUAUAUUAAUUGAAAAAAUGGCCAAAUAUGCGUCCAAAUAUAGGAAGUUUUCAAAUAAGUUGACAGAAGCACAAUCAUCUCAAAUUUUAGCUAAAACAAGAUUAUUCAAUGUCAAUAUUACAAAUCAAGUUGUGGAAGAGGCGGAGCAAUAUCACAGAGAAAAGGAUAAACAAAAACAAAAAAGUCUACAAUUAUCUAGUCCAUCUCCUUCAUAUACUCCUGUUGAAAGUAAAGCAGAUUUCCUUCAAAGAAAAGCCCUUUCAUCAUCUAUCAUUGGAAGACCUAAACAAACACAGCUGAAAAUAACAUCUUUUGGAAAAUUUCAAGUCACUGAUAGCCCAUCAUUACAUGUACAACCAAUUGCUAAACCUCUAUCUAGAAUGGAGCAGGCUAGAAGACAAUUACUUAAUAACCGAAUUGUUCAUCCUCCCAGCACUUCUGUAUUCCAUACAAGACCAAGCGCCAACAAACCAAAACAUGAGGAGAGUAGUGAUGAAAGUGAUUCUGAGGCAGACAUCGAAUCUGCCAGAGAGCUAUUUGCAUCUACUAAGAGUAAAAGCAAAGGUAUUGAAAUUUUGGAUAUCAAUGGGAAACCCAUUAAGAAAGACACUCUUGCUCAAAGAAAAAAGAUGGAUGAAGAAAAUAUGAGAAAGAGAUUAAAUAUCGAUUUAAAUCCACUUUACGAAGCUAUCUUACAAUGGGACUAUAAUAGAAACAGUGAAUAUCCAACAGAUGAGGGAGCAGAAAAGUAUUCUGAUAUAUGUGAUGAAUUUAAAUCAAGUGAAGAGUAUGUACAGAUUAUGAAACCAUUAUUACUAUUAGAAUGUUGGCAGGGUCUUUGUUCUGCUAGAGACAAAGAAGAACAUAUUCCAUUCAGCAUUGUUGUGGGUAAUAGAACUGCUGUGUCUGAUUUUUAUGAAGUCUAUGCGUCUGUUUCGAAACAAAUGCUUCAAGAUAGUGGUGUUAAUGAAUCGGAUUUGAUUGUUUUGGCAUAUUUACCUAAUUAUCAAAGAGGCAGUAAAUUAUCCAAUGAUGAUUUUAAAUCGGCCUUAAAUACUUGUCUUGCCAAAGUUCGCUCAAUUAAAGUUACCAAGAAUAAAGCUGUAGAUUUAACCUUACGAAUCCAUAGGAAUCAUAAGUUCUCUAAAUUCUUAACUUUACGUGCAGAGAUUUUUGCUACGAAAGUUAUGCAAAUGACUACAGUAGAAAGAGAAUUUCAAACCUUAGAAGGUUUACAAUACUACGAAUUAGUUAACCAAAUAUUGUUGGCAAAAACCUUACCACCCUCAGUAGUAUCGCCUGAAGAAUUUGAAAGGGUUCAAUCUACUUAUAAACUGAACUUAUCUCAAGCUGAAGCAGUUGUUAAUAGUGUUCUAAAAGAUGGAUUUUCUUUGAUCCAAGGUCCUCCUGGCACAGGUAAAACUAAAACAAUCUUAGGUAUUAUUGGCUACUUUUUAUCUCUAGCAAGGACUAAACCUAGCAACAUUAUUAAAGUUCCUACCUCUGAAGCCUCAACUCAAUCAUUAGAACAAAUGCUUAAAAAGCAAAAGCUUUUAAUUUGUGCACCAAGUAAUGCUGCUGUAGAUGAAAUUUGUUUACGUUUGAAAGGUGGUGUGCUGGACAACUCAGGGGUUCUCUACAAACCAAAUGUUGUUCGUGUUGGUAGAUCUGAUGCUGUCAACGCAGCAAUUAAAGAUUUAACUUUAGAAGAACUGGUAGAUAGAAAAUUAGGUGAUAAAAGUUUUGAAUAUACUCAAAAUCCAGAAUUGGAUUCCCAAUUCAAUGACGUAGUUAAUAAAAGAAAAGAGUUAAGAGCUAAACUAAACGCUGAAGACGGUUCUUCAUCGAGCACUUUGUCAAAUGACGAUAUUGCCAAGUUACAGUUAAAGAUUCGUGAAUUGAGUAAAAUAAUUAAUGAUUUAGGUAAGCAACGUGAUGAAAUUCGUGAAAAAAACUCUAUUACAUAUCGUAGUAGGGAAUUACAUAGGAGAAAUAUACAAAUGCAAAUUCUUGCUGGCAGUGACAUUAUAUGUUCUACUUUAUCUGGUUCAGCACAUGACGUAUUAGCUACGCUUGGAAUAAGGUUUGACACAGUAAUAAUCGAUGAAGCAUGUCAAUGUACCGAACUUUCUUCUAUUAUUCCUCUUCGUUAUGGUUGUCAAAGGUGCAUUAUGGUUGGUGAUCCAAACCAAUUACCACCCACAGUUUUAUCUGGUGUAGCAAGUAAUUAUAAAUAUAAUCAAUCUUUAUUCGUUAGAAUGGCAAAACACAGCAAACCGUUCCUACUGAAUGUCCAAUAUAGAAUGCAUCCAGAAAUUAGCCGUUUUCCAUCUCUGGAGUUUUAUGAUGGUAAAUUAACAGAUGGGCCAAACAUGGAUAUCAUUAAUAAACGUCCAUGGCAUGAAUGCCCUCCUUUAACACCAUACAAAUUUUUCAAUAUUGCAACAGGUCAACAAGAAAGAAAUAUAAAAACUAUGUCGUUGACCAACAUGGAAGAGGUAAAAGUUGCGAUUGAAUUGAUAGAUUUUUUAUUUAGAAAAUACGAUUCAAAGGUUGAUUUUGUUGGUAAAAUCGGUGUUAUUUCACCAUAUAAAGAACAAAUGCAAAAGAUGAGGAGUGAAUUUAUAAAACAUUUUGGUGGGAUGAUUAACAAGUAUAUUGAUUUUAAUACUAUCGAUGGUUUUCAAGGUCAAGAAAAAGAAAUUAUUAUUAUUUCUUGUGUUAGAGCUGAUGAAAAUACAUCAAGUGUGGGUUUCUUAAAAGAUUUUAGACGUAUGAAUGUUGCUUUCACUAGAGCUAAAACUAGUUUAUGGAUUUUAGGACACGAACGAUCAUUGAUGAAAAAUAAAUUAUGGAAUCAUCUUAUCAAAGAUGCACAUGAUAGGCAUUGUGUAAAGAAUAUUGAACCAGGCUACUUUAAUAAAAAACCAGCUUAUAUUUCAAGGUAUGAAAGAGAUUCAUCUAAGCAAGUUGUCGAUGAUCAUGACCAUUAUGACCCAUUGGAAACUACAUUUAGAAGUAUAAAAAAGACGGAAGAUUAUAUUGCUAAUAAAAAACUGUCCAUACCAAAGGAAUCCAAGACAGAAGAAAAGAUCAAGAAACAUAUUAUUGACGAUAGCGGUGCAGAAAAGAUCAAGAAACAUAUUAUUGACGAUAGCGGUGCAGAAAAGAAAAAGAGGAAGAAGGAGAAAGAGGUGGAAAAAGAGAAGAAGAAAAAGAAGAAAAGUAAAGACAAAUCUAGGUAUCCAGAUGAUGGAGGAAUAUCCAAAAAUUCAAAGUUGGAUAAGAAAGAGAAAGUCAGUGAUAAGUCUGAAAAUCCUCAUGUCAUUACAACGGGAACCAAAAAGAAGUCAUCUAUAUUCGGUGGUAAUACACUAAGUGAUGAGUUGAGGACACCAAUGGUUAAAAACAAGAAAAAGAAGAGUAAAAAAUCAGAAAGGCAUAUAGCAUUUUCGAAUGAUGUUGUAUAUAUCCCAGAUAACAUCUUGGAUAGAUCAAUUCAAGACAUAAAGAAUAAUAGGCCACGUGAAAAGGAAAAUUCAAACAAUAAAUCAAUGUCUAUUAAGAAUGAAGAUGAUAAUAAUGCUAGAAAAAAUAGUCGUUCUGAGGAUGAAGAAGAUGAUUAUAAUCCAGAUGACUAUGUUCCUCAAAUAAAAAAACCAAAAUUGGUAUUGUCAGAUGAUAUAACUGACUCUAAAGAAACUACUGUAUCUAGCAGAUUGGUGACAUUAGAGCCAGUUCUUCCAAGUUCUUUAGAGACAAGUCCUCCUAUUUCACUAACUGAAGAAAUGAAUGGUAAUAGUGGUAGCACUAUAGAGGAAAAUUUAGUUAGUGUUGAAAUUGUUCCAAUAACAGGUGAUGCCAAUAUAAACAUGAAAUUAAAUGAUGUACCUAAACGACCUUCACCAAAUCCGAAAGUUAAAAAUAGAAGAAGUAUGCAGUCUUCUUCUUCAAAUCCCUUUAUUCCCAAAAAGAAGCCAAUUCAACGACAUUAG